AUGCCAACUAAUAUUACUAACUUAGAUCAAUCAAAACGGAUACAAGUUGUAGCUCAAGAUGAACCUCGCCUGAACAUCGAUCAAAGAAAAGUAUUCUUCGCUCUCCUCGCGGUGGCCGCGGCCAAACCCAAGCCCGGUGGUCUCUCUCUUGGUUGGUCCGGUGGUUCUUUAGGGGGAUGGGAACAUGACCUGUCCUCGCUUAGCUUCAUACAACAGCCAAGCUAUGCCGUAGCAGCGCCUGUUGUCCACGCUGCGCCCGUUGUCCACGCUGCGCCCAUUGUCCACGCAGCCCCCGUGGCCAUCGCUAAGCCUGCUGCAACCAGUUACUCUUCCUUCCAACGGGUAAUCCACCCAGUUUCCGUAGCACGGCCUGUGAUCCAUGCCGCCCCUGUUAUCCAGGCCGCCCCUGUUGUCCACGCUGCCCCUGCUAUUAUCCCUCAACCCAUCGUCCAUUCAGCACCAGUUUUAGAGUCCUAUGCCCAGCCUGUCAUCCAGAAAUACCUGUCUUUGGGCUCAUACGGUCAUGGAUGCUGUUUACAAAAGCUGAAAGAUAGCUGUAUGGGUGUGAAAUUGGGUGACAUAAAAGUAAAUUGUCUGCUGUAUGCUGAUGAUGCAGUGCUUAUUGCACCAUCAGAGGCAGAACUGCAGGCAUUAGUCACGUGUAUGAAAGAGGAAUGUGAAAUUAAAGGUCUCCGUUUGAACGCUAAUAAAACUAAGGUUCUGGUAUUUGAAAGGGACGAAGAGAGAACGAAGUGUGAAAUAUGGGUUUUCUUCGCUCUCCUCGCGGUGGCCGCGGCCAAACCCAAGCCCGGUGGUCUCUCUCUUGGUUGGUCCGGUGGUUCUUUAGGGGGAUGGGAUCAUGACGUAUUCUUCGCUCUCCUCGCGGUGGUCGCGGCCAAACCCAAACCCGGUGGUCUCUCUCUUGGUUGGUCCGGUGGUUCUUUAGGAGGAUGGGAUCAUGACCUGUCCUCGCUUAGCUUCAUUCAACAGCCAAGCUAUGCCGUAGCAGCGCCUGUUGUCCACGCUGCGCCCGUUGUCCACGCUGCGCCCAUUGUCCACGCAGCCCCCGUGGCCAUCGCUAAGCCUGCUGCAACCAGUUACUCUUCCUUCCAACGGGUAAUCCACCCAGUUUCCGUAGCACGGCCUGUGAUCCAUGCCGCUCCUGUUAUCCAGGCCGCCCCUGUUGUCCACGCUGCUCCGGCCAUUAUCCCUCAACCCAUCGUCCAUUCAGCACCAGUUUUAGAGUCCUAUGCCCAGCCUGUCAUCCAGAAAUACCUGUCUUUGGGCUCAUACGGUCACGGAUGGUAA